UCCAGUCUGCUCCAAGCUCAGAAUGGCCAGAUUCACUCAGACUGAGAGAAGAACGGAGCAGCACCCACAGCCGCCCCAUCCCGCAUACUCCAGCCUGCUUUUCACUGGACCCGGGGCAGCACCGACCCAACAUCCACUCCUCUUUAUCCCGCACCAGUACGCUCAGAUCCCAUUUCCUAAACCCAUGAACGGGUCAGAAUCCAUCUCCAUUCAUCCGGAGAACGGCACCAUGAAAGACCAAGAUGCCAUAAAACUCUUUAUCGGGCAAAUACCGCGAAACCUUGAAGAAAAAGACCUGAAGCCCCUAUUCGAACAGUUUGGGAAAAUCCACGAAUUGACAGUAUUGAAGGACCGUUACACCGGCAUGCACAAAGGCUGCGCGUUCCUCACCUACUGCGCCCGCGAGUCGGCCAUCAAAGCCCAGAACGCCCUCCACGAACAGAAGACUCUGCCGGGGAUGACCCGACCCAUCCAGGUGAAGCCAGCGGACAGCGAGAGCCGUGGAGAAGACAGGAAGCUGUUCGUGGGGAUGCUGAACAAACAGCAGACGGAAGACGACGUCUAUCGUCUUUUCGAGCCAUACGGCAUCAUCGAGGAGUGCACUGUUUUAAGAGGUCCUGAUGGGAAUAGCAAAGGCUGUGCCUUUGUGAAGUUCUCCACACACGCUGAAGCUCAGUCUGCGAUCGGUGCCCUUCAUGGCAGCCAGACCAUGCCAACUGGCUCCGAUUCUCUCCUCCCCCAGGGUGCCUCGUCCAGCCUGGUGGUCAAGUUUGCAGACACGGACAAGGAGCGCACCAUCCGCCGCAUGCAGCAGAUGGUCGGCCAGUUCGGCAUCUUCAAUCCUGCCAUCGCCCUGCCCUUCAGCACAUACAGCACCUACGCACACGCGCUGAUGCAGCAGCAAGCGGCUCUAAUGGCCGCCAGUCACGGAGGCUACCUGGCACCCAGCGUGGCGUUUCCCACCAACCAGAUACACCAGAUGGGGGCGCUCAACAUCAACAGCCUCCCACCCACCCCUAUGACCCCGGUGUCGGGUGAGUUUCAUCAUUCACUGGGUCUCAGCUCACCUCCUGCCAACAUCACCACAUCAGCGGUCCCCAGCAUCGUCACUCCAAUCGUCAAUGGCUUUACCAGCAUUCCUCACCAGCCCAACGGACACCCUGCAGUAGAGGCCGUUUACACCAACGGUCUGUCCCCUUACUCCACCCAAAGCCCCACGGCUGCAGACACCCUACAACAGGCCUUUACCGGAGUGCAACAAUAUACAGCCAUCUAUCCAACGACCACACUGACCCCUAUUGGCCACAGUUUGCCACAACCACAGCAAAUCAUCCAACAGCAGCAGCAGAGAGAAGGUGAGGGACCAGAGGGCUGCAACCUCUUCAUUUACCAUCUACCGCAAGAAUUUGGCGAUAAUGAGCUCAUGCAGAUGUUUCUUCCAUUUGGUACAGUCAUCUCCUCCAAGGUCUUCAUGGACAGAGCCACCAACCAGAGCAAAUGUUUCGGUUUCGUGAGCUUCGACAACCCGGCGAGCGCGCAGGCUGCGAUCCAGGCCAUGAAUGGCUUUCAGAUCGGCAUGAAGAGAUUGAAAGUUCAGCUAAAGAGACCGAAGGACGCAAGCCGCCCAUACUGACAGGGCCCGACCUCCACAGACUCCCAGCAACAGCACAGGAUUUGAAGAGUGAAAUCUGGAAAGGAGUUUAACUUUUUCUUUAUAAACAAACAACGAACGAAUUUUUUUGAAGACAUAUCAGCAUUUAUUUUAUGGAGAAGUUCAGUACGGAGGAGAUUUGCGGGCGAACGGAUACCCGUGGACUAAAAAAACACAGUCGGCACAGCGCACGAACGGCGAGGAAGAUUUCUCGAAAGACGGAGAACUCGACACGUCCUCUCUCGCUGAGCCACGAACCGUUAGUCAAGAAACAAACGAAAAGAAAAUCGAGCGAGAACAACUUUGAUUUCUAUCUACAUAUUACACACGCAUACGUUAUUUAAAGGAAGAGGCGCGUACGGCUUUUGUCACACUGGACAAAUGAGGGUUAAACUUGAAGACCAAGGAAAAAUGCAGUGGAACAAAAGCUCUUCUUUCCCACUAGUGGACUUUCUCUUUGUCUUUUUUCCUCUUUCCUUUCUUCUGUCAUCGUGUCUUUCAGCAAACGAAGGACUUUCUGUGGUCACCGAGGUUUCUGUACCCUCGGUGAAACGCGUUCACCCCCCAAGGGACCAAAGGACCAAACAUUUUUAUUCCUCAACAGAAAUAUAUGGUAUUAUUAUUAUUAUCUACUAAUACUACAAACUACUACUAACAAUGUAAGUUUAAAGAAAAAAAGCAUAAAAUAUUCGCUUCAGGUCGGAGGAAAGGGAUUUUGAGUUCUUUUCCUUUUACAUUUAUAGCUACUGGGUUUCAGAAUAUUUAAAGAAAAUAGACAAAAAAAGGAAGAAAAAACGAUUUUAAAAGCUAUACUAUUUUAGUGGAGUAGAAUAUGUGGUUUGGAGAGUGUUAGGAGCAUGUUCAGCCAUUUCUUCAUCCAUUAAAAAUAAAGGGGAUGGCGGGGUGGGGCGGGUGGGGCUUUUAACUGUCCAUUCUUCAUUUUUACUCCGAGGUUGCUCAGAUAUCAGAAAUAGGCCCACAUUCCACACAAACAAAUGCUGAAUAAAACUAUACGUAUAUAUGCAUGUGCAAAAGUAUUGCUGGUUCAGCAAAAACUCGGCUAGGUAUUCAGUACGCAUAAGCAAACGCAUUUAUCUGAGGAAAGCUUCACUUAUCAAGUACCGGUGGCUUGUGUGCAAACUAAUAUAACAGCUGUAGCCAAUGCACAGGUUAAAAAAGAACAAAAAUCACUGGUAAUGUUUGUUUUUUGACAGGAUGGGAAAUAUUUACUGAUAUUUAUUCGUUUUAAUGCUUUAAUGCUCUUAGUGCCCUCAAUCGGAUCUAAAGAGCAUUACAGUUGUUCAUUUUAUUUUUGAGCACCAUCGCCCAUUUCUACCAUACGUGUGAACAUCAGAGCUUUUCAUAUCAUUCAUUUCCGAAAACAUCUUUCAACAUACUCGACUUACAUCGCAUCUAAACGCAGCAAUCUACUAUGAACAUGCCGGUUGGUGCCAAAUGCUCGAUAUCAACUGAUAAAGCACAUUGCUAAAUAGACCAAGCAGUUACAGAGAUACCAAGCCUUAAACCUUGAAAAGGUUAUUUACAGCCCACAAAAUCGCCCCAAUGUAGUGGCUUACAAGGAACUCUACAGAAGGGCCAAAACGUCUGAAGCACAUCAGAAUUUUACAGGGACCAUCUUGCAACAUAAUUGUAAUGGUUUCAAGUUUGCCUCAGAAACAUGCACAACCAAUGACAAAUUGACGUUUUUCUCACUCAUUUCGCUCAUAAAUUAUUUUAAGGUAAAAUGCCGCAGAUUGAUCGUAACUUCCCCUCGACUCGAAUGUACGUCAAAGGACGUGGAAUCCACAAAUUACUUAUAUUUCUAAGAAUACGCAUCUCAGGCUGGUAUGGAUUAGCACGACGCUAACUGUCUUCGAAAGCCUAAUGAGCAGACUGUUUAACAGCUUACCAACAGCUUGCAAAUAGCAGCCAUGGGGGUUUACAUUUGGAGCAAACUGAUCCAUCAAUAAAAAAGCCACUGAGUCUGACAUUAUGGUGUACUUAACCACAGCUGUUGGUUUUCUCUCAGACAAGACACAAAUAUAGCGGAAUGCUAACGCGAGCGAGGCUGACAGGAAUCUUAACUAUAAACAGUAUCAGGGGUGUCAAAAGUAUUGAGGAAUUAUACUUGAGUUGAAGUUUGGGCACCGUGCCACAUUUGAUGAAACUGAAAUUCAAAGAAGCUAGCUAAAACAAUUAAAAGUAAAAGUUUGUUAUUUAUUGAACUUGUAAGAAGGUAAAGUCAUCAUUACUUUACCAGGUAAAGUCAACUCAAAAUUUACCCUAAAGUCAAAGUCAGUGUGAACCCUAAAAUUAUGACGGAUUGAGACUUUUUGUGUCCAAUAUGGUUGAAUUGUUAACCACAAAGAUUUGAAAAACAUUUUACAUAGCUGUAAAAAGUAAACAAGUUUGAUCAAAACUUUUCGUGACUUUGAAAGAAGACCGAUUUCAAUUUUGCAAUGUUUUUCUGAGUGAAACAAAAAAUUGAACGAGACCUGAAAUGAAUCUGGUUGCAUUGUUAGCGCACAUUACUAGUUUUGUGGUGAACAAAGUAAAUAGUCAAUUUGUGCUUCAUGUGGAUUUUGAGAUUUGAAUAUAGUUUAAUGUUCACUGCCGUGUUCGGAUUGUGGUUGCUUACAUUUUACCUUGAAAUGGAUUGACGGUUUUAAAACUGUGUCAAAUUUGAAGUGUCUGAUUUGGUUUGUUAGCUCGGUUAGCCAGACAAAAUAAAGUCUAUUUCUCAACAACGAUUUACAUCACAAUGGCAAGUAAAAACAUCUCCGCUGUCCUUCAGAAACCUCGGAUGUCCGAAUAUUCAGUUUUUCAUUAAAUGGAAAAACAGUAAUUUUUAAAUGAUUAAAUACUGUGUUGUCGAAAAGUCAACAAGCACUUUUUAAUACUUUCUAUUGGCUAGAUGUUUGCAAAUCCCGGUGACAAACGUAAAGGAUGACUUAUAAUAAUGAAAUAUGGAGUUAGGUGGUUUCAGAAGGACAGCAGCGAUAUGUACUUUGAUGGUCUAAAUGAAGUUGUACGGAGAAGGAAGUAUGAUUUUUCUAUUAGAAAGGCUAUUGAGAAUACGCACCAGUAGCUCUAGUAGUACAUCAAAGUAAAAUGAUCUCAGUAAUUUACACCCCUGAUUGAAAUACUGUAGGAGGAGAGGUGAGGUAACAUGCAGUGUUCCUGGUUGAAAGGUUUAUUCCUAUGCAUUUCUCAUUCAAGUUUUUCGAAAUGUUGCGUUUGCACCCAUGCUGUCGCUACGCUUGUCGCUGCCAACUUCUCGAUAACGCACUGCCUUCGUAGAUAUGGCAAAACUAAUACACGUCACAGAAACACACAAAAAUAGAGAUAACUGUUCACAGAUAAACAGAGCUCUAGAAUCCAGCUAGGACAGUAAAGCACAUAUUUUGACCUCGUUUGAUUUCCACUGUGGGUAUUUGACCUGUUUGUCUUACCUAAAAAUAUAUCUCUAUGUUAAAUGUUUCAUCUCGCAGGCGUCAACAGGUUCUGUCGAGAAACAUUAACGUCGACGAGCUGCAUUUUUUCGCCCUCAGGUCACGCAGAAAUGGAUCGCCGCCGAUUCACAGGUUAUAAUGGCCUUUUCUGGAGAACCCUCUCCAUUUCAUUUCUCCCGUCUCCUGUCCUGUGGUGGCAUAUCAGAAGACUUUGACAUACAGACAUGCAGCCUUCGGGCGUCUGCGGUCUAAUAACCUCACGUUGCGCGGCCUUCUUCGAGAAUCUCUCCAUGCCAGAUGUGAAUUAUUAAAAUCAAAUUAAAUUGGGCCUGCAUGUAAAAGCAAGUGUAAUGCAAAUUAAAAACGGCAACUAGUGCCUGAAGUUUAAUAAGUUUGAAGGAUGAUAUCAUUACAGAAAAAAGAAGAUUGGAAAGGCAUGUCAAACGAAAAACGUGGCUAGAUUUGUAAAAAAAAAAUAAGGUGACAUGUCGACGCUGCAAAUUGCAUUUACACAAGAAACCAAGGUAUUGCACUACAGGUACUUCUGAAGAAACUACACCACCAGCAUUUCAUACCUGUGUUCCGACCAUUUAUUCAUUGAUUCUCUUCAAAGCAUUUCUAUUUCGUUUUUUUAAGUCUUCAUGCCGAACUUUGAUCUAUGAGCAUGCUCAUGGGGGGGAAGCUUUGGGGGUUUAAAGUCUUAUAAAGGUACUCAUAUUAACAAUAUGAUUCUUUAACUAUGGUUUGUAUGCUAAGGAAAGUAGCUUAUUAUAGAAAUGAAAUCUGUAUAUUAGGGAGCAGCUGCACAGGAACAUUUCUUAGAUUCUAUGGGGGUGUUGUCGGUGGGUGGGCGGGGAGGGUCGGGUUUUCGCUUUAUAAAGAUCAUGUUAAAGUUCUGGUUUUCUCAGCACAAAGCGUAAGGAAAUAUAUAUCGAGAUUAUUGAUUUUUGCUGUGUGAAAUGUGCAGUGGGAGAGCCAGGCACUCACUGCGCCGAUCUUAAAGCCUGGACGAGACAAUGCUGUUUACAGUUGAUUUUGGUUUCUUGUUAAUGUUUGUUUUCUUUUGAUAUUUUCCAAGAGUGCACCGUGUGAUCGAUGCGCCAUCGAUCCUCGCGAUACGAUUGGUGCUGCACGAACAGAAACGGACAGUGCUUUUUUUUUCUUUUAGAGACAGAGAAGAUAUAUCUGAGAUAAUUGCCUGAAAACCAAACAUCCUGUUGACAUUUCUCGAAUACUUGCUGCUUACAUUGUUUUACUGUUAUGGCUACUCAUCUAACGAUUUGCCAAUUAAUUUAUUAACAUUAUUUAUUUAUUUAUUUUAUUUAUUUAUUUAUUUAUGACUACAAUCUGUUUAUGAAUCGCCUAUUUAUUGGUUAUGUUUCGAAAAAUGUAUGCAUCGAAAAGAAAUGCUUAAUGGGCUUCUCUCUUUCUCUCUCUUUUUUUCAAUUUUACAAUAAAAUUUUAAAUUUAA